CUCGUAAGGGGCGCGUGCGCUGCGCUGCGCUCGGGCCAGGGCGCGUGGCUCGCCAAUGGCUGACGGAGCGGAGCCCGCCGCGUGCGCCAACGGCUCCUCCGCGGUGGGCGCCGACCGGUUGCCGGACGAGUGGACUGUGUGCGUGGGCGGCCUCCUGGUGCUCAUGGUGCUCACGAUCGUAGCGGGCAACGUGCUCGUGAUCGCGGCCGUGGCCAGGACGCAGCGGCUGCAGACCAUCACCAACGUGUUCGUGGUGUCGCUCGCGUGCGCCGACCUGGUCAUGGGCGUGCUCGUGGUGCCCUUCGGCGCCGUGCUCGUGGUGCGCGACGCGUGGCUCUACGGCUCCUCCUUCUGCGAGGUGUGGAUCUCCGUGGACGUGCUCUGCGUGACGGCGAGCAUCGAGACUCUGUGCGUGAUCGCCGUGGACCGCUACCUGGCCAUCACGGCGCCGUUCCGCUACCAGCGGCUGGUGACACGCGCGCGCGCCGGGGCAGCGGUGUGCGCCGUGUGGGGUGUGUCGGCGCUCGUGUCCUUCCCGCCCAUCCUGGCGCACUGGUGGCGCGACGGCGCGCACGCCGCGUGCUACGAGGACCCCGAGUGCUGCGACUUCCUGACGAACCGCGCGUACGCCGUGAGCUCCUCCGUGGUCUCCUUCUACCUGCCGCUCGUGGUCAUGGUCUUCGUGUACGCGCGCGUCUACCGCGAGGCGCGCCGGCAGCUCGACAAGAUCGACCGCUGCGAGGGCGCGAGGAAGCGCGGCGGGGGCCCCGGGGCUCCCAGGCUCCUGGCCCUCAGGGAGCACAAGGCGCUCAAGACGCUGGGCAUGAUCAUGGGCACCUUCACGCUCUGCUGGCUGCCCUUCUUCGUCGUGAACGUGCUGCGCGUAUUCCGCGCGCACGUGGUCGACCGCCGCCUCUUCCUCUUCCUCAACUGGCUCGGCUACUCCAACUCGGCCUUCAACCCACUCAUCUACUGCCGGAGCCCCGACUUCCGCAGGGCCUUCAGGAGGCUGCUGUGUAGCGCCGCCGGGGACGCCGCGCGGCACCGGCACCGGCCGCGCGCCGGCUCGUGCGACGCGACCCGCGCGCCCACCAUGGAGCCCACGGCGGAGCCCACGUUCGGCGCCACCUGCAGCGAGUCCAACGAGGAGUGGUGCGCGGACAGGAGGGCUGGCGGAACCCUGAACACACCUGUGUGAUGGUGACGCGGAGAUGCCCCGACAGAUCGGGACCGGGGGUGGGGUGGGGUGUCGGGGGGGGGGUUGCAGGUGGACACGGAGGGACACGCAGA